GCGGAGAGAGAGGGAGAGAUGCAGCAGCAGCUUCCUCGACGGGCAAAUUACGUCGUCUCGGGCUUCGCAAAACAUGGGACCGGCUCCAAAUUGAUUCCCCGAUCAAAUCAUUCUUCCCAGAUUUUAUAUUAUCACCGAGAUUGAGAUGGAAGCCUUCUACCAUUAUUCAUGACUCAUGAGUAAUUGGAUGUCGUGGUUCUUAACUCUUUUCUGGAAGCCAUUUGGGAAGCCUAUAAGUAUACCAUGAAUUUCUUGAUGGUGUUGUAUGCAUUUUCAUCCAUGUCAUAAGCAGCCACUUAAAAUGUAGUUUUCCUCGUUGGGCUUAUGUAUUUUCAUCUUUGUCACCCAGAGGAUUUCGCUUCGUCCUUAGCAUAUGUAAUCACUAAUUAUACCCAAAGCACAAGGGAGGAUGCUGCGAUAUUGUCCCAUUAUCCCCAUACAGGGGAACCCAAAUUACAGGCGUCGUCAAGAGAAAAUGUUGUCUGAACUGCUAAGCAGAGAAUGGGCUCUGCUUCAUCCGGGUACCAGGAUUCAUAAGAUAAUGGUGUCGGAUACGGAAGGUCAUUCAGGAGCAUCACAAGCAGCAAACAAGUUUUCUUUCAGGAAUAACACUUUUCCUCUAUUGGGUGAUGCUCUGAUCGAGGAAACCAAUUCGGAGCGUUGCUUUUUUGUGGUCAGGGACGAUCUGCUGCACCCAUUCGUCAAUGGCAAUAAAGCGAGGAAGCUAGAUGCCGUUAUUCCUCUUCUAGAUGCGCAUUCGGUGACGGAUGUGGUUACAUGCGGAGGCUGUCAAAGUGCGCACACUGCUGCUGUAGCUGUUUCUUGUGCAGAGAAAGGAGUAAGACCUCAUUUACUUUUGAGGGGACGACAACCUGAAGUCUCUACAGGCUACAAUUUGGUAUCCACGAUGUAUGGCAACGUCAUGUAUAUACCAACAUCAGUGUAUGCAAAUAGGGAAGAAAUGUUAUCAAAAAAUGCUGAAAUUAUUGCAGGUGAGAAUGGAUGUGUGUUGUCAUUGAGUGAUAUUGUGGGCGCAUCUCGAGGGCAUGAUAGAGCUGAAUCAGCUGAUGGAGUACCUUUCUCAUCAAGGAGCUUGCAUAACCAGCACAUUGCACAAGGUACUUGCGAAAGAAGCCUGCGGAAAGUGGUUGUCAUAAAGGAAGGUGCUGGAGAUGUCGUAGCAUUGCUAGGUUUAAUUAGGCUUGUAGAAUAUCUGUCUCAACCUUCUUUAUUUGGAAGGGCACAUAAAGUAGAGGUUAUUGUUGAUGCUGGAACAGGCACAACCGCUAUUGGCUUGGGAUUAGGCAUGCUACUUUUUGGAUUGCAUUGGGAAGUUACUGCAGUGAUGCUUGCUGAUACCAUUGAAGGAUAUAAAAGACAAGAAAAGCACUUGAUAACAGAAUUUAUGAGGUGUUACGGUGGAGAUACUCUACCUCUGUCAAAUAAUGUCACUGCUGCUGGUAUCGUAAACUGGGUGAAGCGUUUCUCUCCAAGAAAAUUUGGUAAUGUGUUGAAGGGAGAACUAGAGGUUUGUCAACAAAUUGCACAACAAACAGGUGUCUUGGUUGACCCUGUUUAUACACUUUCGGCUUGGGAGGUUGCAGUUGACAAGUGUCAGAUGCAAAGUGGUGGCACUGCUUUGACAUUGAUGUUACAUACUGGAGGGACACUUGGAAUGUUCGGCUUGGCACAGAGGUACAAGUCAUAUUUCAAUGCAAUGCAACACAACAGCUGAUCUCUAGCCUUUUAUGAGGUAGGCUGCUGAUUGUCAAGGAUCCAUGGGGUCGCAAUCAUUUGUGAGUCUGUGUGCAGAAGAUAGCAGCACAGUAUCUAAAGGAAUUUCACUUUGAACGCGAUUCCUGUGUAGCCGCUUAGAUUCAUCCACGGUUGGAAUAAAUCUCUUGUCGGUACAUUAAUUUGAUAGCGCGCCGAGGGUAUUCAUGCGGUUCUACGUGCAGAGGACAGUUGGCAUGGCGCCGUUGCCUGUUAGCAGGGCUUUUAUGGUAUCUUGUCAUCUGACAAGAAAAGAUUCGUUUAAAAGGAGUUCUUAGAGACAUGCUAGUCUUAAUUGAAAUCUUGAUUCACCUUUUCCAAUUACAUGUGCGAUUAUAUAUUUUUCAUGCCGUCAGAUCCUGGCACGAGUUUGUGAUCAUGGGACAAUAGAUGGUGGUGUUCUCUCUCUCUUUCUCUGCCGUUUGCUGUUGGGCCAGAAAAAACUCCAGUUCUGGGUUUUGGCUGGUGAUAUUCAUAAUGGACCUCGCCAGGAUGGAUGGAUCCGUUGAAAACUUGUAAGCAAAGAUGGCUAGAUGAUUAUUAUAAUUCGAUAUACACAAGCAGUAUUCGCAUGUAAUUUCGUAAAUGGACCUCUUUAAAAGCCAACAUGGAGACAGCCCGACAGGUGACCAUUGGGAGGAAAGGAGGAUGAUCCAAGAGCAAGUAUUCAGUCACGCCAGUGUGAGAAUUGGCAACGAAAUGACGUCACAUAGCCAGUAGGGACUAGGGAUGUUAAUGGACCGAUUCUUUCUGGUUAUAUACUUGAGUCUCCAUUCCAUUGGUUAAGCCUAGUAACGAAAAAAUCUGACCAAUACAGUAAACUGGUUUUACUGAUUCUA